CUUUCGUGAAAUUCAACAUAAAAGCAAAACAAGAUGCCUGACAGUAUGGGUUCUACAAAAGUAGGCUUGUAUCGUAUGAAUUGAACAAAUAAUCCUAUACAUACUCUUCUGUGGCAAGAUGGGUGGAUAUUAAGUGCAAGCGUACAUAUAAAUAUUUUAUUCCCUCUCAGAAUCGUAUGAUCAAGGAGACUGUCAGUUUGCUAGUGAAGUUGUAAAAGCCUGAGCUACAUUUCCUGUUUGUAAGAAAGCCGGUGAAGAGAAGACUAGAGCCCUUUGAGAUUGACGGCAACUCCGGAGAUAGAUUUGUGCUGCUAAGUCUGAUAUAAAACAGCAUCCAAGGUCUACCAACAUAAUAUAAAUUGAUUUCCUGUUGGACAAAGAGGUGCGGGGCAUUCCUAGAAGCAACGUAACCAGGAAAAGUGUUACUGCAGUCAUGGAGAGCCCUCAAGUUCCUUUGAGAGAACUACAGUAGGAGAAAAGAAACAAGGGAAAAUUGAAUAUUUAGUUUAAAAGGAAGGGUAAACGACCACUGGAAGGAUCAUAUGAAGAAAAGCUGCCAAUCUGUCAGAAAGUUACAGGAAUGGACUGCCAUUUUUCUGUCUGGGGAGUUUUGGCCUUUCUAAGUUUGGCUCUCAUUUUUUCAUUGAUACUGAAUAUUUCACACUAUAUGAAAAAGAAACAAGAAGCUAAAAUGUAUAAAGACAAUGAAGACAACACUCAAAGCUAUAAUGACUGUUACACAGAAGAUGACCCAGUUUAUGGCAAUCUCAGUCAAGAUAUUUUAGAGGAAUGUUGUUACGAGCAGAUGAAGUCCCAGCCUCAAAGGCCAGUUAACGAACUACAGGUGGAAUCAGUUGAUCAGAUGUGUUACGCCUCACUCGAUCACAGCACCAAGGGAAAACGCAGAAAACCAAGGAGGAAGAAAGACCCUCCAUCAGAGGAUGAAGAAGAAAGAUUAUCUAAAUCCACCAUUACAGCUUCCAAAGCUUGCAUUUACCUUAACAGUGAGCAACUGGCUGCUGAAAAUACAGCAAAUGUAGAAGCCAUUCAUGACGAUCCCAUAAGAUUAAUGGGUUUGAUUCAUAGGACAAAUGGAGAGAACAUCUGAAGUAGCUUCAUGAACCAAAUAUGAAAUCAAAGUGAGAUCUGCUUUAUUCAUUCUGGAGGAACAGUGAAUGAUUAGAGACAGUAUCCCGACAAACUUAAAUUACAAACAAUGGUGUGAAGCCACUAAGUAAAAUAUUCCAAAUCAUCUUCAAAACACAUCUAUGGAUUAAGCAAAACAUAGCUGUAGGUUCAUGCUGCCCUUUUAGAAGGACUUUCCUUCUGAAUACAUUUUGAAAGGGAGCUGUGAACACAGAGAUACCAGCUUCUACAUGGUAAAAAUUAAUCCUUUGCUUAAAAAUAACCAUCAACCCUCAUACAGUCCUAGAAGAUCCACUAAGUUGCCUGUAGAACUUUCACAGAGUAUGACUACUUUUCUACAUAGGUUUUAACAGUACUUUUGGAAAGAAAUGGUGUUUCACACAUGCACACUUAAGGGUUCAGAUGCUUUCCCAAUUAAAAAUAGGUCUGCAUUCAAGAUUGUGUAUUUUCCUGUGGUGAACAGUCUACAGCAUGGGUGUCCAACCUCUCAGCUUGCCUGGGCUGCACUAAGUGAUAAGAAACUGCCUUGGGCCAAUGUUUUGGUUGCUGCUGAAUGAUGCGGUGCGCUAAGGACCAGUUUGGACUGCUUAGUGGGAAGAGCCACUGCCAUGAUGGCACGGGGUGGGGAGUGAGGCUAAUUACUAGCUGUCUUGGGCUUCACACAGCCUGUUAUAUAUCCUCACUUUCCUUUUGUGAGCAGUAUCAGCAUACAUCUCGAAUCUUCACUCCUCUAAUAACAUAACACUUUUUUGUAUAACAUGACUUUUUUUUGUACUCAGGAAUAAGUAAUGAUACUGGCAAAUGAUUUCUAACCAUCAGCCUUUGCCAGAGAAUUUUUUUAAUAUUCUAUUUUAUAUUUAAAUUCCUAGUGCCUCUGUCAAUAAACUUCUUCACAAAAGUAGAAAGAACUACUUAUUUCCCCCACGUAAUUUACAUUCUAUGUGCACAUUCAUCUUUAGACUUUCAACUCAUCAGACAGUAAGCUUUUAUAGAGUGGGGAUUUAUUUUUAUGUGGCACAUUCUGGGAAUCAGUAAGUAGCAGAAGAAAAACAAUAACACAUGUUGAUGUGCUAUGCCUACUCUCUAGGUUUUGGACAGUUCUGUCUUAAAAAAAAAAAAAAACAAAAAAAACAACAACCAAAAAAAACCCCAACAGCAAGUAAAUACACCCAUGCAGAGCACGGUGCCAAGGAGCUUGAAAUUCUGAAGGGCAUUCAGAGUGCCAGUGUCUAAGGUUCUGAAGGAGACAGUAGCUCUAAGUCAGUUAAAAAAACAAACCACCUAUAGUACAAAGAGCCAGUCCAUAGAUGUAACAUACCCAUGAAGGGGACAAAAAAAAAAAAAA